GCCUAGUUUACAGUGCUCUGCCAAGUGCUGUAGACGUGCUCGAUAGUCAGUGCCAAGAAUUGAAGAAAACGGGAUGUUUUCAUCAAUCAAAAAGCGCUUUGAGCUUUCAGGCCGUCCUUCAAGGCUUCACCUCCGCAGGGAAAGCUCUUCUGUUGAGGUGGACACCCACAGUGAAAAUGCUACGUCAUCUGAGAGUGCCGGUCGCACCCUGCUGAUCCACGGCCCCGUGGAACUCAGAAGAGGCUGGAGGAGGCAGAAGCGGCACCUCUUCUUGUUCAGCGAUCUGUUGCUGAUAGCUAACAAAAAUUACAAAAAAAACUUUAAAAUAAAAAAUAAAGUACCCCUGAACACCAUAUGGAUUGCCAACUGUUUGGACAAAUUCGGAGAAGCCGACACCUCUGCCAAGAGGUCCUUUGUCUUGGGCUGGCCCACAGUGAACUUUGUGGCCACCUUCAGCUCUUCAGAACUAAAGGAAAAAUGGCACUCUUCCCUUCAAAGGUGCAUCAAUCUAGCCAAAGAGAAGGACCAGCCAAAGAGCAUUCCCCUCAAAAUCGUCACUGAGGACAUUAAGAACUGUGAAUGUUCUGUAACUGUAACAGUGACAAAUUCGGAUACAGUGAAUAACAUUAUCAACAUGUCACUACCAAUGCUUGGAAUAACUGGCUCUGAGAAAGAUUACCAGCUGUGGGUCAGUUCCGGCAAGAAAGAGGCCCCAUGCCCACUCACUGGACAUGAGCAUCCCUACGGAAUUAAAAUGAGCCAUCGUCCAGCCACUGGGCUCCUGCCACAGGGACCAGAGGACUCCACCUUCCAGGAGUCCCCAGACACGCAAGGCCAAUUCAUUCUGAAGCCAAGGCACCCAGCCAGGAACCAGCAGAGGAAAGGCCAGAAGUCAGUGAGAAGGAAUUUUAUGGGCAACUGGGCCCUCCGGCGCGGCUCCAGCGCCUGCCAGGACCUUCCGCACGUGACGCCAUCAUCCCCAAAGCCAGGGCAGCUCUUCGGCGUCAGCCUCGGGGAUGUGUGCGAACGCGACAGCCUGCCCCCUUCUCUUCUGGAUAUGCUUUGCUUUCUCAAGCAAAAAGGGCCGCUCACAGAGGGCAUAUUCAGAAAAUCGGCCAAUAUAAAAUCAUGCAGAGCCCUAAAGGAGACAUUAAAUGCUGGGGACAAAGUGAACCUGGACUGUGAAUCUGUUCUUGUGGUGGCAUCUGUCUUAAAGGAUUUUCUUCGAAACAUCCCAGGGAGCGUCUUUACAUCUGACCUCUAUGCUAAAUGGGUCAGUAUAACUGAUGGAGAGAACGAGGAGGAGAAAAUCGCUGCCACUCAGAGGCUUUUGGACGAGCUGCCCAGAGCCAAUGCAGCGCUCCUGCGUUAUCUUUUUGGAGUGCUGCACAACAUUCAGCAGCAUUCGUCCGUCAAUCAGAUGACAGCUUACAACUUAGCCACCUGCAUAGCCCCAAGCAUUCUUUGUUUGCCCAAUGCCUGCAGCGCAGACUUCGAAAGUGACAUCACAAGAAAGAUUUCUCUUGUGCAAUUUUUGAUUGAGAAUUGCCUCCAGAUCUUUGGAGAAGACAUUGCUUCCCUCCUGGGGGAGAGCUCCAUGCAUUGCGAUGGCAGCGAGAAGGCUGCAGAUCCUUCGACUGACUUCGGAGAAGACAUUGCUUCCCUCCUGGGGGAGAGCUCCAUGCAUUGUGAUGGCAGCGAGAAGCCUGCAGAUCCUUUGACUGACUUCGGAGAAGACAUUGCUUCCCUCCUGGGGGAGAGCUCCAUGCAUUGUGAUGGCAGCGAGAAGGCUGCAGAUCCUUCGACUGACUUCGGAGAAGACAUUGCUUCCCUCCUGGGGGAGAGCUCCAUGCAUUGUGAUGGCAGCGAGAAGGCUGCAGAUCCUUCGACUGACUUCGGAGUGUCAACCAAGCAACCUGUUGAAUCCAAGCCAGUGAGAGUGAUAGUGACUUACAAAAAGGCACAACUGCAGAAUGACGCCGAGGCCCCUCGUGGCAUGGGUCCACCCAGCUCCCUGUCUGCAAUGCUUUCAGUCACUGAAGACUAGAGUCUCCAUAAUCAUACUCGACCCUUUCUUUCCUUUCCUUCCUGUAAUAUCCCACCAAGAACACUUUCUCCAAAAUUCUACUACCUCCGUUACGUUCUCAUCAUGUAGACGCCAGUCAGCUAAUGCCCCCGAAAUCAUUUUCAGCCCCUUGUAACAAAAAAGUGUGUGGGGGUGGUGAAUUUCUAGAAAAAUACAGGGUCAGAAAAGGAAAGUUUUCGUAGCUCCUGGGAAUCACCUCAGGACUCAAGAACAGUAAUUCCUGAGCUUGAAGAUUCCAGUCCUCAGUCACCACAGGGGCAGUAGAUUACAUGGAAGGAUCCUCUCAGACAUCUCAGGAAAUAAGCUCCCAACGUGUCAGAGGCCAAUUUUCACAAAGUUAAACACAUGAAUCUCACACACUAGAGUCUAAACUUGAGUCCAAAUGUUAUUCAACUCAUCUUACUGAGGAGACCAGUAAGGUGGUAAAGAAUGUUUUUGAGUAUAGUACUUUUAUGGCACCAAGCUGGGGCCAAAGAAGCAAAUUUUCUUUGUUGGACAUAAACAGUUAAUGUUUUAAAGGGUAAUCAAUCUAUAAGCUUUGAAUUUAUCUUCUCCUGUGACAAAAAUCAAAUUAACAUUAUUCUAUUUUUACGAAACACAGUGAAGGACAUCCAGAUUUGGACUCCUCCAUCUUACACUUCCCAUGCAAGCUUUCCUGGAGGGGAAUCUGUCCUCCCUCUGUCAACUGUCUCAUCCACCCUUCACUUCUCACCCUGCUGACAUGUGGCCUCUCCCUGUCUUCCUUUCCAGCAGCCUCAGUAGAUCACAUUCAACCGAUGACCAAGCCCCUUCACCUGACAAACCAAAGCACAUCUUCUGGGAUUCCUAAGGCACUUGCCCUGCCAGGGUCUCGUAAUUCCUGAAUUCUAAUCUCGUUUCACUGGUAGUUCACUUCUCCCAGGUCAUGUGAUUUAUCUCUGUCUUCCUCUGUUUAUAUCGUUUCAUGGACUUUUCUACAUCUUCGCCUAAACCCGAGGACUCUUCACGUCAUUCCCAGGUGCCCUCAGCUCUCGUGUUGCCUCUGAUUCCCUGCUCUCCUAUCAUCCCACCAACCCUCAUCCCAUCACAGACCCAUGAGUGCAGCAGUGUCCUCUCUGGCCUCCCUGUCUCCAGUGGUGAAGUUGGGGAAGGAUGGCCCCAUGUAUGCCUCCCACCUUAAUGUUCCUACUUCAGGGUAAGCUCCCUGAGCAGGGAUGAGGCUGUCUAGCACAGCCUGGCAUUCCACUGCCAACCACCAGACUCAACACCAGGUAGGUAUUCAGUAAAUAUUGGCUAUUGAAGACAUACCCCUCACUAUAUAGGUCACGUGGUACUGCAUCAGGAUGAGGCCUGAACUGGGAGAGAGUCAGCUGUGCACAUCUUCCUUUUUCUGUCCUGAUCCUGAGAGCUGAGGGGGCAUCAACCAGGGAGAGACCUGUGCAUGGAAUUCCUUCCUAAAGUGCACAGUAUGGAAAGAGGGGGCAGUAACUUUGCAGUGGAGAAAAGUGACAAGCACUACCUUAGCCAGGCGAUCAAGGUCAACGUCAACAGUCAUACAUCUAGUUAAUAACAAUGAACCUGUAUAAUUUCAUCUGUUGUAACGAAUAUCCCCUAUUGAGGUAAGAUGCUAGUGAUAGCAAACCAGAACAGAGGGGUAUGGGAACUCUCUGUGCUGUCUUUCUUAAAUUUUCUAUCAAUCUCAAAACUGUUCUAAAAAGUAAAGUCUAUCUUUUAAAGAGUUCCAAUUAAGUAUAGAUGAAAAAUGGUAUCUUGGGUUUUCUUUAAUUGGACAUGCUUUGUUUACUAAUGCAGGGAAGUCUGUCCACAUUUGGGUUGGCUACUUACAUUUGUUCUUCUGUGGAUUGCUGAUUGUCAUGUGCCCCUAAGGUUUAUGGUUAUCUGUUAUGUGACAUUAGUGUAGUCAUAGCUCACUGACACAGUCUCAUGAACUACCACAGCCCGAGGAAGUAUUAACUGCCUGCUUUUCAUUAUCCAAAUACCCAUUUUACUGAUGAAGAAAUGGAGAUUCAGAGAGGCUAAAAAAUUGAACCAAGUCCACAUUUAGUGUCACACCUAGACCUUGAACUCACAUCUGUCUGACUCCAGAAUUCCCUAAACACCACACUAUACUGGGAAGUACCAAGUGUGUGACAUUGGCAGGAGGAGGGGGGGAUCCUGACAGCUGGCUGGGUGUCCAGUGACAAACUUUAAUUCUGUAUUUUAAUGAAGUGAUGACACCCCAACGGGGGGCACCAUCCAGGCAAACUAGAAGUAUGUAGGAAGUCCCUGAGUGGCUGCUGUGAGAAAUGGCUCAUGAGGGCAACGAGCUUUGUGUCCCAAGCAGAGGGACUAGAGUAGGUCACUCCAGAUCUACUGAGAACAGCAAAAUGGAUCCUCUGUAGUCGCCCUCAGAAGAAAUGCAACUUUCAGGGGCCAGCAGGGGACACAAUCUCAUGUCAUACAUCAUCAUAAUUUAACGUUGGCACUGAAAACUGAAGCCAGGAAGGGGUAUCGCCUCUCCUCAGAAUUCUUAAACAGCAUCCAAGCUGUGGGGGACCCCAUUCACCAGCACUUGCUUCUCAGGUCUUGACCUCAAGAAAUUGGGCAGAAAUCCAAAGGCUCUGGACUCAAGGGAGGGGAUUUGACCUCUGGCUUGGCUGCCUGUCUUGUACAACCUUGAGCAAAUCAAUUCACCACUGGGGUCCUUGCUUUGUUCAUAUCAAAACAGGAACCACUGCCCUACUGACCUCAUAGAAUUUUCCAGCAGAUGAAUAAUAGUACUGAUGGCUAACAGUUACUGCACAGUCGCUACAGACCGGUACUUUGCAGGCAUCAUCGCAUUUAAUACUCACAACAAUCAUGCUGGCCACGUACUUAAAUUAUCCUUAUUUUAUAGAUUGGAAAACAGCUCCAGAGGAAGGAUAUCGCUUGUUUGAGGUCACCCGGUUUGCAAAGAUGAAGUCAGAAUUUAGAGCCCAUGUUGUUCACCGAUGAGUUACGUCACUAACCACGUUCCAAAGUGAUGCGGAUGGAAAGAAUGCUGGUGCUUCAGAGUCCUGCGGCAACCUUGAGAAGCUGCAGAGGAGUGGACGACCACGAGCUGGGGCUUGG